AUGGACAAAAUCCCAAGGUACAAUGUUGUGCACAAGUUGCGGAAACGCAAUCUACUCAUCGCGAUCAAUUGCCUGGCUGGACUGAGCAUCUUCUUCUUUGGAUAUGAUCAAGGCAUGAUGUCCGGCGUCAACAACGCCAAGGACUACUAUACCAUCAUGGGUUUUGGCCACCAAGGUCCGGAUGGCGCGCCUGUGAUAACAGACUCAUUGCUGCAAGGUGGCAUCGUCAGUGUCUACUACCUCGGCACGCUCGUUGGUGCUCUGGUUGGCGGCAUCGUUGGCGACAAAUAUGGCAGAAUCAAGGCGAUCGCGUUCGGUAGUGUUUGGGCCAUCCUCGGUGCUUCGCUGCAGGCGAGUGCGCAGAAUCAUGUCUGGAUGAUCUGCGCUAGGCUGAUCAAUGGUUGGGGUACUGGUAUCCUGAACGCCAUUGUUCCAGUCUACGCCACCGAGACCGCCGAUCAUACCUCUCGUGGCCAAUUUGUGGCAAUUGAGUUCACGCUCAACAUAUUUGGCGUUGUCGUUGCUUACUGGCUUGAGUACGGCUGCUCUUUCUACAAAGGCGGCGAGAGCUCCUUCGUCUGGCGCUUUCCUGUCGCCUUCCAGCUCUUCCUCCUGCUCGGCCUCCUCAUCGGCUGCUGGGCUUUUCCCGAAAGUCCUCGCUACCUGACCAAAGUCGGCCGUGGAGACGAAGCUCGCUACAUCCUCGGCCGUCUACGCGGCGAAGACGGCGACGACGCCGGCAAAGCCGACGCAGAAUACGAGGACAUCAGGAAUAUCGUCGAACUCGAGAAGGAAACCGCGUCAGAACAACACUACUACAAGAUGCUAUUCGGCAUCGGAUCCGGAAAGCUACACACCGGUCGCCGCGUACAGCUAGUCAUCUGGCUCCAAAUCAUGCAAGAAUGGAUCGGUAUCGCCGGUGUAACAAUCUACUCACCCACCAUAUUCCGCAUCGCCGGCAUCGCCAACAAAGACGUCCAAUGGAUCGCCGGCCUCAACACCAUCACCUACAUGCUCUCCACCUUGAUCUGCGUCUUCACUCUCGACCGUAUCGGCCGCCGCUGGACCCUCUACUGGGGCUCCGUUGGCCAGGGCAUCACAUUAUUCCUCGCCGGCGGCCUCUCGAAACUAGCCAAGGACAGCGGCAACACCACCGCCGGCAACGGCGCCGUCGCAAUGGUAUUCCUCUUCACCAUGAUCUUCGGCGCCACCUGGCUUACAGUUCCCUGGCUGUACCCCGCCGAGAUCUUCCCACUCAACAUCCGCACCAAGGGCAACGCCUGGGGCGUCGUCGGCUGGAGCAUCGGCAACGGCUGGCUCACCCUCCUCUGUCCGGUCAUGUUCAGCGCGAUCAGCGAGUACACGCUCUUCAUUUUCGCGGCGUGCAACAUCAUCACCAUCCCGAUGGUCUGGGCGCUGUAUCCGGAGACGAAUCAGCGGACACUGGAGGAGAUGAAUUUGUUGUUCGCGAGUGAUAGUCCGUGGGUGUGGGACGCGGAGAGCAAUUAUAGGCGACUGGUGGAGGAGAAUCCGGGGUUGGUGAAGGCGGCGAGGAGGGGGAGCAGUGUUGUUGGUGGUGAUGUUGAGGGGCAGUUGAGGCAGACUGCUGCGGGAGAGAGGAAGUGGUCACUGGCGACGGAUGGACAGAGGAGGGCUAGUCAGGCGAACACCGAGAUGGCGGAGCAUGUUAGCGAUAAAAGUGGGAAGGAGGUUUGA